UUAAUCAAUCAAAUAAUAAGAAUGAAGUCAUUCCAAGUUAUCGCCGCCUUGUUGUUGGUCACCAUUGCUUUGGCCCAAGCCAGAAACGCCUAUUUUGUCUUCACCGAUGGAUCCCGUUCCACCGGAAAGGCUGACGAGUUUGUCAUCAAGUUAUCUGACCCAGCCCUGAUCCAGCACGCCCGCGCCUUGUUGAGCAACACCACCCAGGACGCCCCACACAUCAUUGGAAAGGUCGUCAAGGAGCCCGUCUGGUACAACUGGGAGUGGUCCUACCAUCUGAACACCUCCACCAUCAAGUUCUUUGACUUCAACGCCGAGGCCUGCGACGCUGAUAUUGCCUACGUUGAGGAGCAUCUCGCUGAGGUCGGAGGUCAACUCCUUCCAGGCAACACAUGGUGCUCAUGGCAGUCGUACCUCGACCGUGAGCUC